UGUUUUAUGUGCAAGAAAUCUGUUUAAAAAAUAGGGUUUUGAUAUAAAAUUGAUAUCUUUUGGGCUGUUUGAAAUGUUUUUUUCUUAGACUUGACAUUAAAAAAAACGCAUAAAAUAGAAAAUGUUAUAAGGAAAAGGUUACAAAAGAAAAAGGAAUAUAUGUAGAAGAAUUCAAAAAUAUGAUGUUAAAAGCUCUAAUAUUUUUUUCAACGCUAACACAAUAUGUAACCGUCUCACUGGCAGAAGAUAUCGAAAGUUUGGGAUGCUGGAAAGAUGCCAACAAAAAACGUACAUUGCGAUCAAUGGAACACAAACAUCACUAUUUGGAUGAUCCUUAUCCCAAACGAUCAAACGCUGUCAAAAAAUGUGCGCAAGUAGCUAUUGAUCAUGGUUAUUCCAUAUUUGGAGUUCAAAAUGGUGGGCAGUGUUUUUCUGCACCCGAUGGUGAAAAAACAUAUAAUAUGUAUGGACCCUCCAACCUUUGCAGAGAUGGCAAAGGUGGUAAAUGGUCAACUGACAUAUACAGCACGAAGACUUUCCAUGCGAGAAGUAUUCAUAAAUCAAUCGAUCCUUCUCCUUGGGAUGCUUACUGCAGCCGUGACUUAGAUAUUGUUAUCUUGAUGGAUGGAUCAGGUAGCACCAGCAAGAAAAAUAAGGAAAGAUGGAGUGAAAUAAAGAAAUUCUGCACGAAAUUUGUGAAAGGUUUUGACGAUCAUGCCCGCAUUGGCGUCAUCAGAUAUGGAGCUGAUCCUGAUAUUGUCGUCGACAUGCAUAAAGGCAAAAAACCGGAGGAUAUUGGGGACGAAAUUAAACCAAUGGAUAUGCCAGGUGGUUCCCGAACAUUAAACGAUGCAUUGAAGAGAGCAUGGAGAGAACAAUUGAAAGAGAAUAACAGAUCUGCAGCAGAUAAAGUUGUUCUUGCUAUAACGACAGGUGACAUACCAUAUGGAUUGUAUGGCUCAUCACAAUUUUUGUCAGAUCAUGACGUACGUGUCAUUGCAUUGGGUGUUGACAAAAAUGUCCACUAUGAGUUUUUACAAUCGAUUGCUUCUUAUCGUGACGUCAGCAAUGUGUUUUCAGUGAACAGCGAACAGCUAUCAGAGUUGGCACCGUUUGUGUAUAGAGAUGUCUGUAACACAAUGCCUGAGUACGUAUCAGCUCCUACCCCUUCACCUACAAAACCUCCAGAAGAAGCAGAGAAGAAUAUAACGACUGCUAGUACUAACAGUACGGAAACCAAAAAUACAACGGCUACAUCAUCGGCUGAUAAUACGAAUAUCACAAAUACUAACACAACAAAUAAUUCUUCAACAGCAUCAAACAACACAGAUACUUCUGUGUCUAACAAUAACAACAACGCCACACAGCCAAAAAGCCGAUACAACAUACCCUUUGCAAAAGAUACAAUUAACAUCCUACCUUCUAAAUUGCAACGUUUACCGAUGAGAGAAAAAACUUUAAAGAAAGAAUCUGUUCAUGUUGUUGGUUCUAAAAAGGCAGGGCUGCCAAAGAAGGCUGAGGUUGCUUUGAAAGGACGCCCCACAGGGACAGUGUUUGAUAAUGGUAUGAAGAAAAAUGUAGUAACAGCUGUCAAGAAAGGUGCAGCAAAAGAAGAAGUGGCUACGAUGGUGUUAGUGAACCCUUCUCCGGAGUUAAAUUUGUUUAUAACCGAUGCUGAAGCUAAUGCAAUACAUAACCGAAAACCAACAGGAGAGGGUGAAUAUCAAUACUCCUCGACGUCAAAGGAUACAGUAUCUAAAGGAAAUCGAACAUACUAUCCACUUCAGAAACUUCCAUCAUAUUCUAGAAAUAUUACUAAGCCAGUUCUUAAUCGUAAUCCUGACAUAAAACCCGAUGAAAAUGUGUUUUCUGAUCUAGAAGGCACGUCUAAAAAUGACAAUCAAGUAACCAAGGAGUUUGAACAAGAUCAGAAAUCCUUGGAGACUCUUUCAAAUACAGAUGACAAAAUUCACGAGAAAUCUGAAGACAGCAAUCAGGAUAGUUCAGCUUCCUCUGCAACUGUCUUCACACCAGCAGAAAACAAUGCCAUAUCUGAUAAGACCGCAUUUGAUAACGCUGCACCAGUUAUAAAAUUUUCAAAAGGCAAAGCAACUAAAUCUAUAGACAGUUCAAACCACAACAAAGACGUUUCAAAGAACAGCCAGAAAUUAUAUAAAGACUUGAAAACAGACCAAGAAUCCGAUAAAAUGAAUUCAAAACUUUUAAAAUUAAAAUCAAUGGAAAGGGAAGACUUAAACAAAACUUCAGACAUGAGUAAUAAAACUACAAAUGCCAUUGAAAAUACUGAAACUAUGUCUGCUGAUGAAAUGAAAAGUAUCCCUUCAGAUGAUGGAAAGCCUGGUGAAGUUUACUAUGAUAAUGCCGCUGCAGAAAAAGAAGGAAAUGGUAAUGCACCAGUGGUUAAUGCUGAGACUUUUGAUGGUGGAGAAAACAAAAAGGGCUCCGAUUCAAAGAUUGUUGGUCCAGGAGUUGUCAGUCAAACAGUUGAAUUGCAUUCUGGGAACGGUAAAAAGCAUGUUAGUGACCAUCCCGAAAUGCACGUAGAUUACAACAACUUUUUCUCCGGAAAACUAAACGAUAAACUUAAAUCGCACGAAAUAACUCAUCGAAAACCAAUGUUUAAUGGUCGCACUAUUAUAACUCCAGACAAAAAUGGUCCUUUACCUGAAAGUACUAUUACCCAAAAAAACCUAACAACUUUCCAAAACUCUUCUGCUUUUAUUGAUGACGCUGGCAAAGAGCUUGCAGAAAUAUAUGAUAAAGUUCACAAGAUUAACGCUGACUUAGACGAUGGUAAGCCAUCGAAAGCAGGUACGUUGGUUAGUCCAUCUGAAGAAAAAUCAGUUAAGACUCCUAAUAAUGCAAGUCAGUAUCAAUUUACAAAUGCUCCAACUGAUACAGGACCUUCAGUAUUUGAAAUGGAUGUUGAUGAGCACAGGGAAAACAAAAGUUCCUUCAUGUCAUCUGAGGUAGCACAGACAAUGCCAAACACCGAGAAUGUCAACACAAACGCACUUCCAUCUAAGGAUCAUGAUGCUCAAUUCCCACAGCAGAACGAACAAAAGUUGAAUGAAAACGAUAAAUUAGUCAAAGAACAAAAGACACCCACCGAUAUCGUACAACCAUCUUCUGAAAAUUCGUACCAUGGCGAAGAAAAGCAGCAGAUGCAAUCAACUACAGUGGCAACAUUAGAAAACAAAACAGCACAGAUAGAAAAAACAGAAUCUAGCGUUCCAAAUAUAGAAAGCCAAGAAUCACACCAAACUAGUACAGUGUCAAACACUGAAAUGGUGCCAAAUAAUGAAUACGGUGAAAAUAAUUCUAACAACAUUGAUAGUGCAAAUAACAAAGAAGGCCAACCACAACAAAACAUAGCAACUCCUGUUGCAGUUUCGUCAGAGGUUCAAAACUUCCCUGUAAACGCUGCAUCAACGAAUAACAGUUUAAGCAGUAGUCAAUUGCAAAGUGUACAAAAAUCUACACAGAUCAAUAAAAUACCAUUUAAUGGAAACGUUAUGCUUCAAGAAGAUCAUAAAGUUGAUGGCAAUAACGUUGAAAAUUCGGAGGAAACAGUUGGAAAUCACUUAACAAAGAAACAGGAUGUUCACAACACUGAACAAGAUACCAAAGAUGACAAGACCCCUUCGGAUGUUGAAACGGUUGGUUCUUUAGUAGGUGCUGUGGAACAAGUCUCAAAAGAUGCAGCUGCGUUAGCCCAGCAGGAGUUAGAUAACAUGAAUGAUCGACGCAGCUACAAAACGGAAGAUCUGAUUGGAGGUGAUUACAACGAAGGCUUCAACGCAGGCACACCUAACUACGACUAUGCUGUAUCAGAUGAUGAACAAACUCGCAAUGCCUUGCAAGAGAGACGACAGGAAAUUAAUAACCUACUUAAAAUAUUAGACAAAGAAGAUCAGAACAAUCUACUUGGAAAAGGUAAUGCAAGUAAUCGGAAUAAAAUCCAAUCCAUUGAUGAAUCAGCUGCUACAAGAGAACUAAAAGCUGUUUUCGAUAAAAUUAAUGAACGUAUACGUUUCAUACAUACCAAUAAACGCAUUGGAACAAACUCUAGAAACAAUCACUUAAGUCAUCAAGAUCCCCUCAAAUAUGUCAAUACCAUUACUGAAUAUGGUGAUUCAGGAGCAAUAAGAAGCGAGCCAGUUACUGGUAAAAUCAACAUUGAUGGAGCGAAUAUUCCAUUUGUAUCGGAAGAAAUGAGCAAUAGUUAUUACGACAAUGACGCAGGUGAUUCAUCCACAAAAGGUGUGUUUAAUCGAAGAAAGCCAUGGAGUAAAGCAAAAAACCCUAGCAAGAAAUUUGAAAAUCAGAACAAAGAACAUAUUAGCCCCUACACAACAGAUAGUGGUGACUCAGACUUGACUUCUGAGAAAGUUAGUAAUUUAAAUAAACAACCUUCUAAGAAAGUACCUGCUAUAAAGCACAAAACAAAUCGAGUUCCAACAAGUGCUUUAAUAUUGAAUAAAGACGAUAUUCAAGAUGUGAAAACAGCAGCCGUUUCAUUUCAGUUACCAACCAACCAAAAAAAUCAAAACAAUGGUAUGGGACCAGGUACUCCAGCAACUAAACAAAACAAGGCUACUAGUACAAAUAGCUCACAAAAGAAAUUCGAUAAGACAGGAAUAACGAACAGCUUUAAACUUCCAAGAAUUAAAACGAGUGCAUUGACGAUUAAAGUUGAUGAUGAUGAUGAUCAAAAGGGAAAAGGGAAAAUCAAUAAAAUGCUACAGUCUUAUGCGCAACAUGUGCAAAAAAUAUCAACAGAAACCAAGAACCAACAAAAGAUUGAUGAACACAAUAAGAAGAUUGUUAACAAAAUAUCAAAGCUUGUCGAUGCUAUCAAACCAGUCGAUAACGCACAAGCUAUCCCAUAUAAAAUACCGGAGUCAAAUUCUAUGGAAGCUAACUUGAGUCCAGAGCCAUAUAGACCUGACAAAUCGUUAUCGCAAGGAGAAAAAGCAAAGAACGAGAAGAAACUGAGUAAACAAAAAUUUCAAAAUCAAAAAAAAAAACCUGCCCUUUAUCCAGGACCGAGUAGACCUUUGAUCAAUGUCUCAAAUAAUAAAAUUAGCAGUCUUCAGAAUAUAUCCUUUAUCCCUGUUCCUGUAGACCCGCACACUCAUCAAAGUAAUAUAAUUUACAGUCAACCAACACAAUACAAUGACUAUCAGAAAAAGAUUACGAACUUUCAACCAAAACCAGUUGAUCAAAAAAAUCAGCAAUUUGCGCAAACUAGUUCCAAGAGCAAUGAGUCUAUUGUAGGUCAGAUUGUAAGUUUUAAUCCUGUCCUUGAUGGACAAAAGCUUGAUUUACAUCCAGUAGUAAACAAUGCAAUAAUCACAAAUACCGAUUCAUCCUUUAACAAGAAUCUCAAUUCAAUUGGAAAGCCAUAUAUUUCCAUCAACCAUGCCCAUACAAAGAAUUUAAUCAACAAUAAGGGUCCAACGAUUGGUGCGUAUGAUAAUGAAGAUUUAGUGCAACAAGUCAAUACCUUAAAAACAUUUGUUAAAGGCAACAAUCUUCAAGACCAUAUGCUGGUAAACCUGAAUGGUAUCAAUCAAAAAUCAUCUAAUCAAUUUCUUUCUAGACUCCCUUUACCGAAUCACCACAGUUUAUUUUUUGAAAAGACCUAUUCCAAUAUCAAACCAGGGCACGGAAUAGGCGUUCCGUUUGAACCAAAGUUAAAAGAGCAAUAUAAAAUAGGAAACUACGUAAAUAAUUUCCAUGGCAGUAAUAUAUUUCGACCAAUCAAUAGUACGCUUGGCAGAGAAGAAAAUCGAUUAAAAUUAGUAUCAUCAAAAUAUAAACAUCUGAAUCUGAAUACGUUAAGUCGGAAGGAUGUGGCACCCAAACACACCAUAAAAUCACACAAGGUUACACAACCAGAAAUUCCUGCUGAUGUUGCUUCAAUGACAUCAAUUGGUCAAGGAGUUAAACCACGGCUAAAUAGUCACGCACGACCCACAUUGGUUCCACAUCAUCCACCAGACUUUAACAGUUUAUUUGAGCAUGUUCGUAAAACAGGUGUCUCAGUGCAUCACAAAUCAAAAUCACAUUAUGUGAAAGGUGAAAAGAAAACGCUUCAACAACAUAGAAAGAAGACAUGGAAAGAUUCUUUGGGGUGGGCUCGUCAAGAAAUUGCAAAGGAAAGAAAAUUAAAGAAGAUUAAAGGGAGCAAAAAAAGUGGCACAUGGACUGAAGGAUUAUUUCGACCAAUAAAAGGAAAUCCCUUGCUUCGAAAGCAUUUUGUAAUCAAUCACAAAAGAGGCAAUACUAAGCUUGCUUCAACUCUGCGAAAAAUACUAUUGGCAACAAAUUCAAAUCAAACAAAGAAAACCCCACGCAAACAUAAACCGAAGGAAAGAAAAAAUUUUCUACAGAACGAAGAUAAAGAAUUUAAUAUGUUAGAAAAAAAAAUUAAAAACAUCGAAGCCACAAUAUCAAAGACAACAAUAAUUAGAAAGAAACCAAAAGAAACUGUCACUGCAAGUGUCAGGGAUGAACUCUCAAGUACCGUGCGGCGAGAGGAUGGAAGCAGCCCCAGGAAUGACAAGAAGACUUUCCUUGAUCUAUUAAACAGAAGAGGGAGACCGAUGACAGAGCAAGAUGUCAAUACAGUUCAAAAUUAUUGGAGUGGAAGAUACGCCAGCAACCCGGCCCCUAAUACAUACACUAACGCAUAUAGUCGAAAUAUACCAGCUAAGACAACUAGUGCAGGUGGAACAAGCCCUUUUAGUCAAAUUGCUAAAGAGCUGUAUCGCGUUCGGAAGCUAUAUAAUUCUCGUGUCAAAGGAAACGAGGGAAAGGGAAGUUUUAAGCAUGGCAUGAAACACAAAACAGAAAGUUUAUCAGCAAAAAAACAAUCAAUUAAUGAAAAUAAAGUCAAGAACCUUGACAUUCUCAAUCUUGAGGACAAACCAGAAUCAAACUGGAAGGAUCUGAUCACCGGUGAACUAGACAAAGAAAUGUCUGAAGAUGAUCAAAUUAGAUUGUACAACAAAAAGAUCGAUUCUUCAAAACAAAUUGAGGUUGGAAAAAACAAAUAUGUCUUCGAAACCACACCUGCCAUGUCGAAACAAAUUAUAAACAGAGGAAAUAAACCAACUGCCAAGACAGAAGUUAUGACUGAUGCUGAUUUUCCGAAAAAGUUCUCCAUAGCGGAUUUUAAAUUGUCAGAUUUGCCAACAUUACCAAAAGGCAAAUCUUAUGUUCUUUCAACCCCUUCGUUAGGUUACGUUAUGGUAAGAAUUCGAGCUGAUUCUUCGUUUGAUGAUGAAAACAACAAAAGAAAAAGUCCAUACUUUCGCGAAAUUGAAGAACUGUCACCUGAAGAAGUCAGCAAACAUGCCUCAGAUCUUUCGAAAUCGUACGCAACUGAAAAAGAAAUUGCUCAAGCUGUCCACAAAACUGACACAGAAAAAGAAAUUGCUGAAGCUAUUCACCAGAAAAUUCCGCACGAGAAAACAUUUUUUCAAGCUAUUAAAGAUUCUAGCGAGUCUUUCAGUGAACCUCUAGAAGAAUCAAUUCAUUCCAAAUCAACAGAAGGAAGGAAACCCCAAGCUAUUGUUACUUAUGUAGGUAAUCCUGUCAGCAGACAUCGUGCCAUCUCCAGUGAAGUAAACGAACAAUCGGACGAACCACAGUACCAUACAGCAUCUCAGCACACCAUACCAGACAAGCAGUUGCAGCCGAACAUGAAGCAAAAUACAGUUGAUGUUAUUAAGACUGAAGAUACUUAUGAACCUAUUGAAGUACAGUUAUCCAAAACAGCAACCAACCCAAGAAUUGUUACUAAUUCAAUAUUUGGUGGAAAGGUACAGUCUUAUUCAAAUUCUUCAACUUUUUUGAAUUCAUCUAUAGAAAGCAACGUCAAUGAUGCGGAGAGUGAAGGAUUGAUUAAUAUGGUUCAUUCAGUUAUCAAGGAGAACGCGAAAGAAAGUAAAAAUUUCUUGCAGCAAAAACCAAAAGGUUCUGUUAUUGUUGGUGCAACAUUGACACCUGAGAAAGAGAAUGAUGGUGAAUUAAGCAACUUAAUUAAUAAAAUCCAUUCAUUAAAUUCGCAAAUUAACGAUGCAAGCGCAAAUACCAGUGCGCCACAUGUUCAGGAUUCUAACAACAAAAACCUGACUGUGUUUAUGACAAAUGCUACCACUGAUUCUGAAGAGAGCGCAACAGUGAAUAAACCUCAAAAGAUAAAUAAUACUUCAUCGGAUGAUAAAGAAUUACCUGUUGUAUUUAACACAAGUAAAGCUAAAACACAUGCAAAAAAUAAAACAGAAGACGAUAAUCAAAUUGCUUUUCAAAAUGCAAGCAUCUCAAAUGAACAUAUUCAAGACAAAACAGAUAAGGAUUUCAUGGCAACGUUAAAGUUAAAAAACAAUGGUAGUAACACACAAGAAACACUAGAAGAAGAAAAAUUAGCUUCCGUUUUUGAUAAAAAUGAGAGUUCAGACAAUCAUACGGAAUCUAUUACGCAACCUGAUAAUUAUUCUUUUAAAGAUGAGAAUUCACUACCGAAAUUCUCACCUGUUGUCAAUGGUACCGACAAGAGUCUAAGUAAUAAUAAUUCAUUGAAUACUACUUCAACAAAAGAUAUUUUUGAAGUUAGUGAGAAAACUUCAGUAAAUGGGAACUUUAAGAAUUCUACAGUUCAAAACUUAACUUCAGGAAAUAAGAAUUUGAAGAAUUCUACAGUCCAAAACCUAACUUUAUUGAAGCCAAACGAAGACGAGAAAGAGCAUUUCACAAAUACAACGUUAAUAUCAAUGGUAAAAAAUGGAACAUAUAGCAACAAAGUAGACAAUAAAACAGUGGGAGUUACAAAAACAAGCGAACUAUCAGAGAAAAACUCCACUAUUGAUGAUGCUGAUACCAAUUCUAUGAGUAGUCUGGAGUAUACACUUGGUUGCAACAAACCACUUCGCAUUUUGUACGCGAUUGAUGUUUCUGAUGGACUUGGAGCUGGACCAAUCAGAAAGAAGCGUUGGAAUCGUUUGAAGGAAUUUAUUGGUAGUAUAAAUCGUGACGUCAUCCAUAACGUACGUCAUCACUUUAUGGUAUACAAUAUCGAACCGCGAUUCUUAAAAACAUUUGAUACUUGUGAUAAAGACACGGAAUACUUCAUGACCGCUGAUGAAUGCUUAUGCAGCAAAAAAGAUCGCAUAUCGAGCUCAAGUGGGUGCAGCGUUAACAAUCCUACCAUGGGUGAGAGCAUGGAAGACUGGGGCACAAGUGGUCCACGAACAGGUCAAGCUUUAACUAGAGCACGCAAAGAAUUUUUUGCAAAAGACAUACAUAAAUAUAAAAAUGUGAUCUUUUUAAUAAGUCACAAAGACUCUAUGGACAGUGUAGAAAAAGCUGAAAAUGAUUUAAAGAGAGAUGGUAUUAGUUUAGUAGACAUAGAACUCGGUGACCGUCACGACCUAAAACGUAGAAACAUUGUGCAAAAGGUACGGCACCGACAUAAUCAUAGAAGAAGUGACAUUGAGAACGAUUCAUCAUCACCGUCGCAGGAUGAGCAUAAAAUGAAAGUGUCUCUAAAAAAACUUCAAACGACGUUAAGAAAUAUUGUCGGGAAAGUGUGCAAGGCGCAAACCGACGAUGAUGCUAGUAAAAAAUCAUCAAUACAUCAAAUGUCCGUAUGAUGAUAUCCUCAGCUUAAUUUCGUACCCAGAUCUCUCCAUUUCAUGUGAUCCAACCUGUCAAGCAACUAAAAAUACUUUAAUGUAGUAAAACAAGUCGGUUUUUUAAGUUGUUUAAUGACAAACUCAGCCAAAACAUUUUUUCUUCUUGUUCAAUGAGACUAUGAGAAUAUAUUGUAUCAAAGGAGGCAUGGAAAAAAAAGGUCCAACAUAAUAUGCGUUAUCUCGAUCACACUCAGCAUGAGUGUCAUUAGAAUUUUUUCGGGAUUUUUCUGAAUUGUAUUAUCUUGUAAAUAAAAUAAAGUUUCUUACAUUA